CCGGCGAGUAGAGCAGAUCGGACGGAGACAAUGGCGGGUCUUAGAACCCUAGAUUUUAUGACGACGCCGUUUUACUUGCGUUCUUCUAGACUAGCUCCAUUUAGUCUUCACCCAUCCUUGUUGCUUCAAGUCAAGAACAAAUUCCACUCUCUUCGUUCUCAUCACUCCUUUCGCUCCUCUCUCCCUUGUUCCUUGUCUAAAAAUUCAACCGGUGAGUCUUUGGUUGAUGGAAUUGGUGUGGCGGGAAGCAAAGCGUCGGAGGGUAAACUUCUUCAAGUCGUUUUGGUUUCUCCUCAGAUUCCUGGGAACACUGGGUGCAUUGCUAGAAGUUGUGCGGCAUCAGGUGUUGGCUUACACCUGGUUGAGCCGCUGGGAUUCGAGGUGGAUGAUACAAAACUAAAGCGAGCUGGGCUUGACUACUGGCCAUACGUCGUCGUUAAAGUACACAGCUCGUGGACAGAUUUUCGUGACUAUUUCAAGCAACAGAAGGGUGAAAAAAGGCUGCUGGCAUUUACUAAAAGAGGGACAAACAUUCAUUCAGACUUUUCGUACAGGAGAGGGGACUGGCUUGUAUUCGGCUCGGAAACCACUGGCCUACCACCUGAAGCUUUGGCUGACUGCAAAAGCGAACCACUUGGUGGCGGGUUACUUAAAAUUCCGAUGAUCGAAACUUAUGUAAGAUGUCUAAAUCUAUCUGUUAGUGUUGGCAUUGGUCUGUAUGAAGCUUCGAGACAGCUAAACUACGAGCAACUUCAAUUCCAUACUGAAUCCUGUAACGAUACCGAACUAUUACCUUUCGCUGAAGACAUUUUUGCUUAAAUUCAUGAAAUUUGCAUAACGGGUUUGGAUGA